AUGUUGAUGUUAGCAGCCGCUCCGUUUACUUUCGGUUUAUCAUUGGUAGUUGUUCCGAUAUCUAACGCUGUUAUAUGGCAUUUAAAUAGUCAGGUGUUGAAAGGAAUAGAAAAUGAAUUAAAAUUGAAACACGAAAUUGAGAAGUUAGAACAAGAAAUUAAUGAUUUGAAAGAAGAGCAUAUGUUAGAAAUGGAAAUUGCCACGGACAGAGUUAGAAAGAAGACUGGGAGAUUUGAAAAGGCAAUUGUGUCAAACAACUGGUUGCAAUCGAUACCCAAAUUGCCCACAUGGAUAGUAAUAAUACUGAAAGUUAUGACAAUGGAAUUAAAAUUAAUAAGAAAACUUUCUAUUCCUACAAGGCCAAACAGUUGGGAAUAUUUGAUUAUUAACAAUUCUCAUCAGGAAAAAUUUAUUAUUAGUGAACCACCUUUUCUGCCUAAACUAGAACAAAUCAAAAAUGAAUGA